UGAUGGGGUCUGUGGCUGAAUGAAAAAUCCAUCUGUUCAUCCAUCAUCUUUACCCGCUUCUUCUUUUCCAGGUCGCGGGGGUCACAGGUGCCCAUGUCUAGCAGUCAUUGUGCGAGGGGUGGGGUACGCCCCGGACAGGCCACAAGCCCAUCACAGGCCAGGAAUUACAAACAAACAAAAAAAAUCUGGAAGGCAAUCGAAAAAAAUAUCAAAUAAACAGAUGGAAAAAAAGUUAUAACUAAACUGACACAGGUAUUAAUGCAUAUGAUGUUCACAAAAAAAGUUGAACUUUUAAAAAAAUAUUGAUAAAUAAUAACCUCACAAAAUUUUAAAACAUUUAUCAAAAUGUUUUUUUCCCCAGUCUGGUUUCGGGAUGACCGAGUUUGUGAGGCUACACGUGAACGCAACGCCGAUGACGUAUACGGAUAUCGAGGCCGCCUCUUCCGUUCACGGAUGGUGCGGUGCACUCAGACUGCAGUCGCUGCGGCUCCAGAACCCAGGAUCAAGAAGUUCCAGGUUUACCGCUGGGACCCAGACACCCCUGGAGACAAACCACGAAUGCAGACGUACGAGGUUGAUCUCAACGCCUGCGGUCCGAUGGUUCUGGACGCCCUCAUCAAGAUCAAGAACGAAAUCGAUCCCACGCUCACCUUCAGACGUUCCUGCCGGGAGGGUAUCUGUGGCUCGUGUGCCAUGAACAUAAACGGAGGCAACACUCUGGCGUGCAUCAACAAAAUCGACACCAACACCAGCAAACCCGUUAAAAUCUACCCACUGCCGCACAUGUAUGUGGUGAAAGAUCUGGUGCCCGACAUGAGCAACUUUUACGCACAGUACAAAUCCAUCGAGCCGUACCUGAAAAGGAAGGACGAAAGCCAGGAGGGGAAAGAGCAGUAUUUCCAGUCAGUAGAUGACAGACAAAAACUGGACGGCUUGUAUGAGUGCAUCCUUUGUGCUUGCUGCAGCACCGGCUGUCCCAGCUACUGGUGGAACGGAGACAAGUACCUGGGACCUGCUGUCCUCCUGCAGGCGUACCGAUGGAUGAUCGACUCCCGCGACGAGUUCACCGAGGAGCGUUUGGCUAAACUCCAGGACCCCUUCUCCCUUUACCGCUGCCACACCAUCAUGAACUGUACGAAGACUUGCCCC